AUGGUUAAGAUUCCAUCAAUGGUAAAACCUAAUAAAUGGCUAAGAAUAGUUGUUCCAGCAAUUAGUUACGUGGUGUUUGCAUUAUUUGAUUUGCUAGACAUGUUUUUAUGUUUGUGUUAUAGAUUUAUUGAUGGAGUAAAAGAAAAAAAUACAAACCCGUGUUACUGCUGUAAAAAGAAGUCUGUUCAUGGUGAGAGCAAUGAAGAUAAACUGUCGGAGACUUUAUAUGACAGAAAAAACAUGUUUAGAGAUUUGGGUUUUCCUAAAUUGGCAAAAGACAGCGAGGAGGAGGAGGGUUCAGCUUCUGGGUUUCUAACGGUGAAAAAUAGAUGGUCUGAUUGUCACUGUGAAUCAUGUCUUUCAUGGAAGAAAUUUGAAGAUCAGAAUCUUCAUGUUGUUACAAAAGAACCAUCGAAUUUGAAGUCAGCUCAUGAAAAUGUCAUAUUUUUACAUGGGUUUCUCUCUUCUUCACACCUUUGGAUAGAAAACGUUUUUCGUAAUCUUUCUGAAAGUGGGAAUCAGAAUUGCAGGUUGUUUGCAAUGGAUCUCUUAGGGUUUGGAAAGAGUCCCAAGCCAAAUAACUGUUUAUAUACAAUCAAAGAUCACUUAGAAAUGGUUGAGAAAUCUGUCAUCUCUCAGUUUGAAUUAGGUUCAUUCCAUUUAGUUGCUCACUCAAUCGGUUGUAUAAUUGCAUUGGGAUUAGCUUCUAAAUACCAAAAUUCAGUUAAAUCAUUAACACUGAUUGCCCCACCAUACUUCCCUGCUUCAUCAAAAGAGGAAGCAAGUUUAAAUGCACUCAACAUGAUAGCUGAAAGGAAAUUAUGGCCACCAAUAUCGUUCUGCUCUUCAAUAAUGUCCGGGUAUGAACAUUUGGGAAGAACCAUAUGUUUCAUUGUUUGCGGUCAUCACAGAACAUGGGAAUGGCUUCUCAAGCUAGUCACUCGAAAAAGGGAGCUUCCGUAUAUGCUUUUGGAUUUGACUAAGCACACCCAUCAUUCAGCUUGGCAUACCAUGCAUAAUGUGAUAUGUGGAGGAGCAAAGCUAAUGGAUGGGUAUAUUGAGGCCGUGAGUUCAUCACAAAUUAUGCUAACAGUAAUCCAAGGUGAUAAAGAUGGAGUCAUUCCAGUAGAAUGUAGUCACAAUAUAAAGUUGAAGGUACCUUCAGCAGAAAUUAGGAUUUUACCUAAUGCUAAUCACAGUUCCCUAAUCCUAAAAGGUAAAGAGGUUUUUACUAGGGAGUUGGAACACAUUUGGUUUUCUUCUGCAGAGAAGUACAACCAAGAGGAUACAAAAUGA